CUUUCCCUCGUUGUCUUGGAUGCCGCCCUCGGCCCGGACAGCAGACUCACCGAGCAGGAUCGCCACGAAGCCAUUGCGUGAGAAUACCGCUGUGAGGACAGUCAAGAAAAAUCUCCGUCCGCCCCCAUGAUGAAAUCAGCGGAAUACAUCUCUCAGGUCCUCGACGAGGAGCUCAGGAGACUUUCCCACGAGCAGCGGAGCAGAUUCAUGGGCUUCCUCAAGGAAAGCUGCAUCUCCAUCAAGGACUCCAAGAGCUGCGCCCAUGUACUCGGUCUCCUCGAUCGCUUCAUCGAGAAGAGCAGACAGCCACUCGUCCAGGAUCAGGAUGGGCAACUCACCGAGAGUGCUCGAGCGGUCGAAGAAGAUCUGCCCCUUGAGGGAAAGCUUUCGGCCGUGGGCUCGGUCAACACGACAGUUCCCACGACAGUUCCCACGACGGUUCCCACGACGGUUCCCACGACGGUUCCCACGACGGUGUGUCAAAGCCGAGAGCUUGUCAACGAAGCAGCUGGAGGCAGAUCGUCGACAGCUACAUCCAAGAAUGACCCCGGCGCUUCCGAAAAACUCAAGACUGUGGGCCCGUAUAUCCUCAAGAAGACAAUCGGUCAGGGAACGUUCGGCAAAGUUAAGCUGGCAGAGCACUGUAUCACCAAAGAAGAGGUUGCCAUCAAGAUCAUAGAGAAAGCAAAUGUCAAGACACAGAGGCAAAAGAACAGCGUCCAGCGCGAAGUCCGGCUCAUGAAGCUGCUUCAUCACCCGCACAUUGUCCAGGUGAUGGACGUGAUGGAGACGGACGAGAAGAUCUUCAUUGUCAUGGAGUUUGCCAACGGCGGCGAACUGUUCGACUACAUUGUCUCGCGCGGCAUGGUCAAGGAGAAAGAGGCUCGGGUGUUCUUCCGCCAGGUCAUAUCUGCAGUCGACUACUGCCACCAGAACUCUGUCAUUCACAGAGAUCUGAAGCCCGAGAACCUGCUUCUCGACUGCAACAAAAACAUCAAGAUCAUCGACUUUGGCUUUGGAAACACAUUCCAUCGUGAGCGAACGCUCGACACCUAUUGCGGCUCGCCCUUCUACGCUGCGCCAGAAAUGAUUCGUGGGGUCCGAUACAUCGGGCCCGAAGUCGACGUGUGGAGUCUCGGCGUGAUUCUGUUCGCCCUGCUCUCUGGUCGGCUACCGUUCGAUGCAGCCUCGAUGAGCGAGCUCUAUGACAACAUAUCCAAAGGAAUAUAUACCAUGCCGGCGCAUUUUUCUCCGGAUGCAGCAUCGCUCAUCCGCUCGAUGCUGACGGUCGACCCAAAGCAACGAGCAACCCUCGGCGAAGUGAUGAGUCACUGCUGGACAAACGUUGGGUUCGAUCAUAUCCCCGAUAACUUCCUGAAGCCGCGCCCGCCUAUCGUCGAAGAUCCCAACCCCGAUAGUAUCACCGAGCUGGUCUCGUACGGAAUCAGCGAGUCUGAGAUCCGCCGGUUGCUCAGUCAGCCCGUAGGGCUCCAUCCCAUCACCAGUCUCUAUCAUUUGGUUGACGAGAUGCGGCGGCGGCGGGGUUUGGCGGUUCACUCCGACCCGAGCGAGACUGUCGAAGACAUUUACGAGCAAGCGCAAACCCCGCCCGAGCUCGAAUGCGUCCAAGAGGCAGAAGACGAGUUUCGUGACAUGCGUCGGGCCGGAACGACGGUGCGGCCGCAGCUCGACACUACCAUGAUCCGCAAGCCCGAGAUGCUGACGAGCGCCAAGCUCAAGUUCAGCUCGGAUCCAUCUGAUGUCGGUGGUGCUCAGCCGGGUCCCUCAUGGGGGAUGCCCUAUCGCAACAUCAGCGAGCGCAUUCGCUCGAAACGAGAGAUCAGCCAGUCAUCCAUCAACGGCUCCAAGAAUCUUGGCAGCUCAACGACGAUCACCUCCGAAACCAAGCCGCCGCCAAAGGUGCUUUCGAAAUCAACCACGAUACGGCCUAGGGUGAUUUCGGGACCCAGUAGUAGCACCGUCGGAUCGUUCAUGGACCACUUUCACCAACUCUACAGUCAUUACCGCAGCAGCAAAGUCGAAUACGGCGACCGCAGCCUAUCCGGCAAGGAUCCUGCUGGCAAGACAACUACCAGUCACGAAACUAUAGCGGAGCCACAGAGCAGCCUGCAGCAGGCAUGUGCGAAUGCGCCGCCAGAGAAGACUGAGUUGCGCUUCAUCAAAGGGUUCUUCAAUGUCUAUACCACAUCGUCAAAGAGCGCCCAGGAUAUCUGCAAUGAAAUCGAGCAUGUUCUGAGAAUCAACCACAUCUAUUAUGAGCGAACGGAGGCCCAUGUGUACCAGUGCGAGGACACAUCGGUUGAGCGAGGCAACCGCUUUGAGAUCGAAAUCUGUCGGGUGCCCAAGGUCAAUCUGUUUGGACUGCAUCUGAAGCGCCUCCGCGGAACCAUAUGGUCUCACAAGCGACUGUGCAACAGGCUGGUCGAGCAAAUGCAUCUCUAAGGACUAAGCUCCAGGCCCACCGAUGUUAGAACUGAAUAU